AUGACCGACGAAAACACAUGCAGAAUCUGCCGUGGUGAGAGCACGCCCAGCCAGCCGUUGCUCCAUCCGUGCAAAUGUCGGGGUUCUAUUAAAUACAUCCACCAAGACUGUUUGAUGGAGUGGCUCAGCCACCAGAGCAAAAAAGACAAAAAGUGUGAUAUUUGCGACACGCCCUACCGUUUCCGGGUCAUUUACGAUGCCAAUAUGCCAUCACAGAUGCCGCUAGGAGAAGUUGUUCAUAGAAUCGUGGCACUGGUCGGGAAGACCUGUUUCCGCACCCUUUCGUUCAUUUUCUUUGCUCUAUGUGUGGCACAGAUUCCUCUUUUCUGGAAGUUUAUGGGCCGCUUGUUCACGUAUGCCGUCGAUGGGAAAAUGCCGGUGCCGAAGUUCACUGCAAGACACGUUCUUCUAUAUGGAGCGUACACAACACACGCUCGCAGCGGCGCCGACCUAUCGACUGAAAACGCCACCUUGUAUGACAAAGUCGAGACCUUUUUCUAUGAUACGUAUCUUCCUGGCCUGUUCCAGGUAUUGGUCUUCGUUCUUGUGCUUUUUGUAGUAUUCAUUGAGCACGAGUGGGUGGUCCGUGAGGAGGGCUACACAAAGCUGCUUUUGCGCCAGAUCGGCCGUGAGCCUCGUACAAAGUUGGCUGAUUUGCUUGGGCUGAUGCGCGAGAACCAUCUUCCUCGUCAAGCCGGUGCUGGUGAUGAUACCAACACGAACGUAGAAAAUCCACAAGCGGCCAAUAAUAAUGCUGCUGCUGCCGCCGCUGCCGCAAAUCCUGCUCCCAAUCCUAGGCCUGAUGAGUCUUCGCUUAACAGAGCAAUUGAGGAUCUACGCCAGUUCCAGGCGAAUCAUCGCGCCAACGACUCGCCCCUUCAUCGAGCAUUGGAGCGGAACGAGUAUGGCGAUUUGAUUAACGCUGCUUUCUAUGAUCGUGGGAAUAUUGAGACUAUGAACAGAGAUCCGUACGAGACCGAAAACACCCUCAAUUUGACCCAAGAAGCACCUGAACAACUACAGACCAUUGCCCUGAAUAAUCUUCCCGAGGAUGAUGAAGCCGACCAGGACUAUGUUCACGAAGAGGGCAGCGAAAGCGAGAGUGAAAUUGACUCCGAUACUGACGGAGAGGAACUCAACCUACAUGAUGAGCCUGGCCGCCGUCCUCACCAGCAGGACCAUCGUCACAACAAUGAUGUACAUCCUAUUGAAGACGUUCCUCAGCCACGAAACUUUCGAUUGCCAGAUGCGAUCAAUCCUGAUGUGUUGGAGGAUGAAACAGCAGAGGAGCUUGAAAGGCGUCAAAACCUUGUCGAAGAUGAAAUGAUGGCCGCUGAGGCCGCCAAUGAGAACAUCUUCGAGUUGCUUGGUUUCCGCUUCAACUUGAUCACCCCGAUCCAGCUCAUGAUUCUCGCAGACUUUAUCAUUGUUCUCUUUUUGUUCAGUGCCUAUCUUGUUCCUCAUACUAUCGGAAACAUGUUCUUCUACAUCUACGUAUUCGCAGCCAAGAGCUUCCGCGCCAUUUUCACCUCUUUGGUUCCUUUGAUCCCCUUAUUGGAGUAUAUGCGCGACAAGUUUGAAGCUUUGGGUUCCGCAUUGGGUGCAAAAUUCCCCUUCUUGGCUCUGGUUAGCAAUUUGGCGAACGCAGUCAUUUUCAAGCCUCUUUUUGAUGCAGUUCUCAACGCAACAAGCACAAGCCGCACAAGCCCCCCAUCUCUGACUGAAAGAUGCGUUUACUUGGGGAUUGGGUGGGUCUUCAUUUGUAAUGCUGUGAAUGGCUAUAUGAAAAACUUAGUAAGCCGCGAAAAGCCUGUGGUCGGCACAUCUCGGAAGAUUUACAAGGUUCUUUUCAGAAUUGUGGCCACUGCUAAGGUGUUUGCUAUUUUCGGAAUUGAAAUAGUGCUUUUCCCAAUUUAUUGUGGAUUUCUCCUCGAUAUCUGUCUCGCGCCAUUAUUUAUUGAUCAGUUCAUUGUUCAAAACGGCGCUCAGAAGGAUUAUUACUUGCUACUCACCACGUCGAAGGAGCUUGGGUUCAAUAACUACUUCAGAGUUCUUCUGUACUGGCUUGCAGGAACAUGCUACAUGUUCUUCAUAGCUUUGUUCGUGAGCAUGAUAAGAAGCAAGAUCUUAAGACCUGGUGUACUUUACUUCAUCAAAAGCCCCGAGGAUCCAAACGCACGUUUGAUCCAUGAUGCUGUCGUGAAGCCAAUGAAGCUUCAGAUCCUGCGCAUUCUUCUCAGCGCCAGAGUGUAUCUGACAUUGAUUCUUGGAGGAAUUGGAGCAGUCACCUGGUCGCUUAGAUUCUUGGUGAACUCUCCUACUGCAGCCGAACAGGGCGCCUUGUUCCCAAUCCAGUUCCCUGGUGUUAUAGGUGUUUUGGCUCUGAAAGCAAUUCUUUAUAGUAUCAUUCAUGACCGUGAGGUGAUCGUGGGGCCCUGCCAAAGAUUUUGGAAAAGAUCUUUUGCUGUUUUAUCUCACAAACUUCGCUUGUCUCACUUCAUUCUCGACACUCCUGUGCCUCAAGAAAGAGGAUAUGUGGUCUACCGGAACUUGUUCUAUAGAAUUUUGGAGCUCGGGGUUCCUGAUUACACCAAGCCUAUGAGCUAUUCAGAGGCACAAGCGACUUUCAAGGCUGAUCCAACAGUGAUUGCAUGUUUCGUGCCUGAUGGAACUUACAUUAGGGCCCCAAGCAGUGAUGACAAUUCGCGUUCAUUCCUCAAACUGAUGUUUCUUCCAGUGACGAAAUCAGACCAUCCUAUUGCCGUUGAGGGUUCAAAUAAGCUGAAAGCAGAGAACGACGACGAAGACCAAGAUUGGUGGGAUGCAGACAUCACCUACGAAGAUUCAUACGCCGUGGUAUACAGUCCGCCAAAUCUCAGGCUCCGCUGCUUCUAUUUAAUUUGCGGAGUGUGUUUGUUUGCUGCUCUUCUUGCUGUUUGCGUGUUCAUAGCUGCUGUAAUCUUGGGAGCCAUCAUUGACUUGACAGUAUUCAAGGCCAUUAAGAUGCUGCCCAUACCCAUCGAAGAACAUGACUUCCGAUUUGCAAACAUGAGAUCUGUGCUUUUCGGUCUUCGUAUCUUGCUUUCUAUUGUUGCAUAUUACGAGAGACCUCCUACACCCAACAAUAACGGGCCUGGCGGGAUUGCAGCCAUUGUUGCACCACUUCGCGCCCCACCAGCGGAACUCUUAGCAGUUUGGUCCUAUUUGGGCAGUGCUUUUGUCCUCUUCACGUCAAACGCUGCCAUUUUCAUGAUUCUUCAUGUCUUUUUCAUUCCUCAGCUAGAGCAGUAUUUCUUCGGGCUGAGAUUCUGGCUGCUUGCCACCAAAGAUGCACCCGCACAGAUCAAUCCAACAUGGAUUGGACUAGCACUCCAGGUGGCUGCGCUUCCCGGAACGUUUUUCCCGUUUGUGUUUUCCUUCAGAAUGAUUCCAAAUGUGAUCAAUCAGCAGGAAAACGUCUUCAAGUACAGGCCAUUUUACAUACAGAAUGAGUGUUUGAUUUAUCUUGUGUUAUUGAUGGCACUCGAGGGAUUUGCCAGAUACAAACGUGUGGAAAUUCCUGAAACCACGUUCAUCUAUACUCGAGUCUUUGUAACGGUGGCUAUUGUCGCAGUGCGUUCGUAUGCCAUGUUGCAAGUGCUGUUGACUAAAAUCACAGAGCAGAUUAAGAAGGAAAAGUAUGUACGUGGAACCGCUGUGGAAAACAUUCCGGGUGAGGAUGAGCAUUGA